CUCGCCGCCGCACCCAAACCCUCGUUUUUCUCUCUCCUGCGCCGCGCCGUCCCCUCGCCUCCGCCGCCGAAUCCGAGACUCCGAUCUCGGGUUCAACGCAGCGCACCAAAGCAACCCCGGCGACCGGCCCGAUCAGCUCUUCUCUCCGCGCGUCAGUCAUGGCGGGAAUGGCACCUGAGGGUUCCCAGUUCGAUGCUAAGCACUAUGAUUCUAAAAUGCAGGAGCUGCUGAACACUGGUGAGACUGAGGAAUUCUUCACCUCAUAUGAUGAGGUUUUUGAGAGCUUCGAUGACAUGGGCCUCCAAGAGAACCUUCUGAGAGGCAUUUAUGCUUAUGGUUUUGAGAAGCCUUCAGCAAUUCAGCAGAGAGGAAUUGUACCUUUCUGCAAGGGCCUUGAUGUCAUUCAGCAAGCACAAUCAGGUACAGGAAAGACAGCAACUUUCUGUUCUGGGAUCUUGCAGCAGCUCGACUAUGGCCUGGUUGAAUGCCAGGCCUUGGUCCUUGCACCCACCCGUGAGCUUGCACAGCAGAUUGAGAAAGUCAUGCGCGCGCUUGGUGACUACCUGGGUGUGAAAGUUCAUGCAUGUGUGGGUGGAACUUCAGUCCGCGAGGACCAAAGGAUUCUUGCUAGCGGCGUGCAUGUUGUUGUUGGGACACCUGGACGUGUGUUUGACAUGUUGCGUAGGCAGUCUCUCCGUCCUGAUCACAUCAAGAUGUUUGUCCUGGAUGAAGCUGAUGAGAUGCUUUCUCGUGGUUUCAAGGAUCAGAUUUAUGACAUCUUCCAGCUUCUCCCAUCCAAGAUUCAGGUUGGAGUCUUCUCUGCUACCAUGCCCCCAGAGGCUCUUGAGAUUACCCGCAAGUUCAUGAACAAACCUGUGAGAAUCCUUGUGAAGAGAGAUGAGCUCACCCUUGAGGGUAUCAAGCAGUUCUAUGUGAAUGUGGAGAAGGAAGACUGGAAGCUGGACACACUAUGUGACCUGUACGAGACCCUUGCCAUCACCCAGAGUGUCAUCUUUGUCAACACCCGCCGCAAGGUGGACUGGCUCACUGACAAGAUGAGGAGCAGGGACCACACUGUUUCUGCCACUCACGGUGACAUGGAUCAGAACACUAGGGACAUCAUCAUGAGGGAGUUCAGGUCUGGUUCAUCCCGUGUGCUCAUCACCACCGACCUGCUUGCCCGUGGUAUCGAUGUUCAGCAGGUGUCCUUGGUCAUCAACUACGAUCUCCCCACCCAGCCUGAGAACUACCUGCAUCGCAUUGGUCGUAGUGGUCGUUUCGGUAGGAAGGGUGUUGCCAUCAACUUUGUGACCCGUGAUGAUGAGAGGAUGCUGUUUGACAUACAGAGGUUCUACAACGUGGUGAUUGAGGAGCUGCCUGCCAACGUCGCUGACCUUCUGUGAUCGAGUUGAAGAAAAAACAAAACAGAACAAAAAAAAAGUGGUAAGGGGACCUGAUAAGGCUUGUUUUUGUUGAAAUAUCGCCAUAUGUGGGGUGGAGUGACAAGGUCGGUGGGGUUUCUAUGUCAAGUCGUGGUCAUGGACAAUUUGUGAUUUUUCCUUAUGCCAUGUUUUGGGAAUUUUUGUAGCUGCCUAGGCCUGUGCUAUGUGCUACUGUGGGGGUUCAUUAGUAUGGAGGGGAGACGCUGCUGGUGCUGGAGUCUUUUCGUCUUUAGUAUUUUUGUUUAAAACUAUGUAUGACCGAAUGAUGGUAUUUAUUUGUGUCAUCCUUGACUCUUGUAUUCUGCUGCAACCGCAUGUAUCCUUCUAUCAGCACUGGUCUUUGUUA